AAACUCGCGCUGGCAUCAGUUGAUAUCCAACGGUCGUAGUAGACGUGCGCAUUUCUCGAUCCUCUUGUAACUUUUCGUAAGUUCGUCAUGACGUUGCGCUGCGUGCUUGCUGUACUGGCUCUCGCCGGAGCUACCUUCGCCGGACCAGAGGUCACCGAACUUAAGGUUGAGGUAGUCAGCGUCCCAGAAGGGUGUACUGUUAAAUCUAAACAAGGCGAUAUGCUCACUAUGCACUACACCGGCACGCUCGAGAACGGUCAUAAGUUCGACUCCAGCUACGACCGUGAUCAACCGUUUACCUUCCAGCUGGGAGUGGGUCAGGUCAUCAAGGGAUGGGACCAAGGAUUAGUCGACAUGUGUGUUGGUGAAAAACGUAAACUCGUUAUUCCGUCAUCCCUGGGCUACGGUGAUCGCGGAGCUGGUAAUGUCAUCCCUGGAGGCGCAACACUCUUCUUUGAUGUAGAACUGAUCAACAUCGGCGACACACCGCCCACAACCAACGUGUUCAAAGAAAUCGACGCCGACAAAGACAACAUGCUAUCACGAGAGGAAGUGAGUAUAGAAAUAGUGUUCCGGGCCAUGGACACGGACGGAGAUAGCGAACUGUCUAGGGAAGAGGUGAGUGACUACCUGAAGAAGCAGAUGGUGCCACAGGAUGGUAGUGAGAUGAGUGAAGAUGUCAAGCAGAUGUUGGAAAGUCACGACAAACUGGUAGAGGAGAUCUUCCAACACGAAGACAAGGACAAGAACGGAUUCAUCAGCCAUGAGGAGUUCUCUGGUCCUAAGCACGACGAACUCUAAACUAGUUGUAGACACUUUAGACGCAUCGCACAUCAAACUCAUAGCGGCAGUACCAACCGCCGAAGUUCAUAUUGUUUGUUUGUCUUAAGCUUGGUUAUUUAAGCGUCUGUUUUGUUGAAUAUUUCGUACUUAGUCCACUUGUGUUGUUGGAGUCGUGACUUUGUUAUAAUUAGGUGCAAUAAUUUUAUAUACCAUAGAAUGUUUGGUUAUAUUUUUCUAAUAUUAUAUUUUGAAUUAUAUUUUUAUUAACGUCUGUGAGGAACGUUGCGGUGUAUUCAAUUCUUAGUUUUCUGUUGAAAGUUAGCGGUUACAUCUACUUUUGCGGAGAACAUUAAAUGUUUUUAAAUACUUUUCCUUCAUUAUAAUAUCUCAUCGUGAUAGCCGCAAUUUUUUAAUCUCUGUUGAAAACGAAUAAUUCGGGUAGUUCCAUUGUAUUGGCGAAUGCUCGCUUUUAUUCUAAGUGUAAGUGUAUUUCAAUUGUCGUCAUAAUAAACCAGUAAUAAAUAAAAAUUGAUUUUAGCCAACAUUUGUAAAAAUAAAAUGAAUAAACCAAUUAUAAAAUAAA